AUGUUCAUAGGUCGCGUGUGUCUUUGGUUCAUGCUGGCAAUGCCUGCAUGGAGUCAAGCGAAGGAGGAUGUUGGCCAGAUGAGAUUGAAUAUGCCCGGCUGGGAUAUGAACGAGCUGUAUUCGCUACGUGCCCCUGCCACGGCCGCCGCCAAGACCAAGGCCCUCACGCCGACCCCGACCCUCACGUCGACCUCGACCCACAACUACAAGAAGACCUACGCAACAACAACGCCGCGUACUUCUCCAAGGCCGUCCGCUGUACGCUUCAAUAAGUUUUUUAUGUCCAUUGACAACUCCGAUGAUCUCCAGCCGGAGCAACAGUUGUCCGUGAAGACGCGGCCACAGUCGAUGUCUUCUCUGUGCCAUUACCAUCCCGAGCUCUGCGAUGAGCCUGAAAACGCGCACUUUAUGGAAUUAACAGAUGAAAAUGGUCAUUCCUUCAUACUGAUAUCUCCACCUACAACAACGCGAAAACCUUUUAGACUCGCCAUGAAACCGACACGCCGACACUACAGUCAAAGCAUAUUUGAUACGGACGACAAUAGUAUCUAUAAGAUGGCAUCACACUAUCAGGGCAGAAAUGCAAACUCCCGUUUGGUGCCAAGACGUUCGCAUAAAAGAGUAUAUAAAAAGCAAUAA